GCGCCCGGGUGCGCUGGCUGCGGGCGGGCGGCCGGGCUCCCUGCUCCGUACUCGUCGGCCGGGCAGCCGGCCCCGCUGAGCGCGGAGGCGGCUGCCGGGCGCCAUGGGGCCGGGGCCGGGGCCGGGGCCGGGGCCGGGGUGGCUGGCGGCCGGGCUGCUGGUGAACCUGGCCGCCUCCAUCUGCAUCGUGUUCCUGAACAAGUGGCUUUACGUGCGGCUCGGCUUCCCCAACCUGAGCCUCACGCUGGUGCACUUCGCCGCCACCUGGCUCGGCCUCGGCCUGUGCCAGGCGCUGCGCGUCUUCGCCCCCAAGAGCCUGCGGCCCCGCCAGGUGCUGCCCCUGGCGCUCAGCUUCUGCGGCUUCGUGGUGUUCACCAACCUGUCCCUGCAGAGCAACACCAUCGGCACCUACCAGCUGGCCAAGGCCAUGACCACGCCGGCCAUCGUGGCCAUCCAGAGCCUCUUCUACGGCAAGAGCUUCCCCCUGCGCAUCAAACUGACCCUGAUUCCCAUAACUGUAGGUGUAUUCCUAAAUUCCUAUUAUGACGUGAAGUUUAACUUCCUUGGAAUGGUGUUUGCUACCCUUGGUGUUCUAGUUACAUCCCUUUAUCAAGUGUGGGUAGGAGCCAAGCAGCAUGAGUUGCAGGUUAACUCUAUGCAGUUGCUGUACUAUCAGGCACCAAUGUCCUCUGCCAUGUUGUUGUGUAUCGUACCCUUCUUUGAGCCAGUAUUUGGAGAAGGGGGGAUAUUUGGACCCUGGACACUUUCUGCUGUGUUAAUGGUGCUGCUGUCUGGUAUAAUAGCCUUUAUGGUAAACUUGUCCAUUUACUGGAUCAUUGGAAACACAUCACCUGUCACAUAUAAUAUGUUUGGACACUUCAAGUUCAGCGUCACUCUGUUGGGAGGGUACCUGUUGUUUAAAGAUCCACUGUCACUUAAUCAGGUCCUUGGGAUUUUGUGUACUUUGUUAGGCAUUUUAGCUUAUACCCAUUUCAAACUUAGUGAGCAGGAAGGGAGUAAGAGUAAACUGGUUCAGCGUCCAUAAAUCAAGAUCUUCUGGAGAUGAUAAACCUUCAAACGGAAAGAAAAUCUAUAUUAAAUAUGCACUGAUUGUAGAACGGGCAAAAUAGCUGAAAUAAAAUUUGUAUUAAUAUUACCACCAGGAUCAUCAUGCUGAAACAAAAUAAAAUGAAUCAUUACAUAAAAUAUAUUUUCCAUCUUAGUCCAGCCUAUAGUUAAAUAGUAACAUUUAAAAAAAAAAUCAACUGGUGUAAGUCAAAUUAGAAUGAAAAUUCUAUAGAAGUGAUUAUGACUUUCAUACUGAAAUCAAAUGAGCUUAUCUUGGUUAAUGUUACAGUAAAUGCUGAAGGAAUUAAUUUUGUCCUUUGUGAUAUCAUGCCAGUGUUACUAUUGUAAAGAAUCUUGUUCGAGACACUUAUAUGCAGAUAUUCUGGUACAUGACAGCACAUGCUUCCUGUUUGUCUGGUAGAUGAAAAGGCAAAUUGCUUUUUUGUUGGUUUGUUUUUUUAAAAAAGCUGUCAAACAUCAUUCUGAUUCCGACAUGCUUGCUUGCGAGUUUGGUAACUACCUGAAUAACUUUCAGUAGAAGGGAUCAGAUAAAAUUAUUAGUGGAGUGGAGACUCAGGCAACUGAUCUAACUAGUUAUCAAUUUGAACUAAAACUGAAUGUCCCAAAGUUUGGGAAAGUUGGAAACCAGCUCUGAACUUUGCAGCUCAAGUUCAUCUGUAGAUCUGCCAAGAAAUUUAGUAAGUCACUAGUGUUUUGGAAAAUGUUCUGUUUCUGCUUCAUGAUUUUCUAGUGUUAAAAACGGACUUUCACAAGACUUUUUGAACCUUUGUGGGCUUAAUAAACCUACAUAGUUGUUUUAAUUGCCAAAUGAAAAUGGUUUCGCAAGUAAGAACACAAACACCCAACUGUUUGGGGCAGCAGAUAAACUAUGCCAAGACUCUGUCCAAAGACAUCUUUAAGUUUAAAAAAAAAACAACAAAAAAACUAAGUAGGUAGGAUGUGGGAGUUGAACCUCCUGUUGUUUUAAUCCAUUCCCUAAUGUGCACGUGCACUUCCCUCUCAUCCUCUGCCCUAUAGCUCUCUCAAAAGGGCAAGGUGCAUCCUAUAUUCACAGGUUCCACUGUUGUUACUGUUCGUAUAGGGAAAAGCCAGUGGGUUGCUGAGAAAUUUAAUCUCUUUCAUGCCGCCCAUAAUAUGCUGGAAAGACAAUCUCUUCAGGGGAAUCUGCAGCAGAUGAUGACCUUGGGACGGGCACAGGUUCUGCUGUAGAUUGGAGGUGCUUUGAAGAUUACCUUAGGCCAGAGCUGUGCAGUUUUUUGGCCAUUUGGAAAGACAGUUUUGAGGGCCAUGUUGUAGAAAAUGGAAAGUUAUGUCAAUUUUCCUGCUUUCGGUAAAUGUGGUAGAAACAUACAUUUGCCAGAUUGGCAAGUGAUUAGAAUUUAUUUGCAUUACUUCACUGGCAUUUUGUUGUUUUUAUCUUCAUUUACUUAUAGUCGCUUUAAAGAGGAAAAUCAUGUGAACAGAAACGUGUAUAGGUUUUACAGCCACCAACAUAAAUGGUUAGGUAGUUAAUUCUUAGCUUUUUUUACAGAUUAAAUGAUUAGAAACCUUAUGUUUAUGUGCAAGAAGCAAUCUCAAUCAAAUUAUUUUUACCAUGAGGCCUGUUUUCAGGCUUGUAUAUUGUUCAGUUUUCGGAGUUUGAUUUUUAAAAAGAAUUUCUCUUGUGUAGCUUAAAUUUACAUCAGAUUACUCUGUAUUGUUUCAGUAUUCCAAACAGCUGACUUCUUUACCACUGGUAUCUGAGGCAUUGUACAGGUGCAAGAAAAAAUUCUUUUGUAUACAUUUUUAUAAAUCUAUAAUUUGUUAGAAUUUAAAGACAAAUACAGACUGCUGAGAAAUAUGUGCAGAACAGUGCAGUCUUUAGGUGCAUAUUCUUGAGUACAUGCACUGGAAAAACAUUUUGCAUUGAUUUGUGCUGUGCACAAGCUCUUCUAAAAUGUAAAUAGACCAUGAGGACGUUCUUAGGGUUAGAAAUAAGAUGCCUGAAAAGCCUGUGUGAUGACAAAAUCUGAGAUGGGAUUGAUGCAUAUAACGAGAAAAGAACUGAAUAAAAAUGUAUGAUGCAAAUGAUUUUCACCACAGCAUCUGAUCUUCAAAAUGGCAAAAGUAAAUUAAGAAAGUAAUUCAAAAGCAUUGGUGACUGAAAAGGAUACAUUAUAAAUAUAGUCUGUUGCUGGAAAAUGUACAAGUCCUGUAGGACACUGAAGUGACUGGAUUUUUUUCAUAUAUUUAACAGUUCUACUUUGGGUUUUAUCUAGUAUGACUGAUAAAUAAAAUAAUUCUUGAACUUC